AUGAAGCAACUAGUGAAAAUGAACCCCAUAUCAGCAAGUCUAAUAGCAGUGGAUUUCCUUCUUAUUUUUACCAUUACUUUCACUAACACCUUUGCAAUCGUCCUUAUCUUGAAGAAAUCAAAAAGAAAUUCUAAAAAUUUACUUCUAGUCUCUCUGUCACUUUCAGAUAUUGCCGUUGCAGUUUUUGUUAUCCCUAACGUUAUUUUCUUGAAAUUGCACAACUCUUCUAUAAGCCCAGUCAUAUGUCAAAUUUGCUUGUAUGCAGAAUACAUGGCAAGUGCUGCAAAUGUCUUUUCUAUUUCCGUUCUGGCUAUGGACAGAUUCAGAGCGUUGGUGUAUCCUCUAAAAAACAGGGGCACCAGGCGCGAAGCGGUAUACGGAAGUAUUGUACUGAUCUGGAUUGCAUGUCUUUUCUAUGCUAUACGGGCACCUGUUGUUUUCAGGGGUAAGAUGUUCAAAGUUGGAAGUGGGAACUCGACGGAUGUGAAGUAUGGCUGUGCUAUACCAGACCCUAUCCUAAGUCUGCACGCUGGAUUUAUUGUACUCGAUUUCAUCAUCCUCUUUGUCAUCCCAGCGUUAAUUUUGAUUAGCUGUAAUGUUAAGGUUUCUUUAGAACUGUGUAAUAAAACGCCUGUUACCUCCACCAUGCCAGAGACAGUAGGAAAGAGACGCAGAAGGGCGGUGCGAAUUUUGCUAAUCUUGAUUUUAUUAUUCAUUGUCCUUAAUUUUCCGUUACAUUGUUUCCGAAUGGCCAGACAUGUCUUUAAGCAGACUGUUUCGGAAGCGUCAACAAUCGGACAUGUACUUCUGAUUCUCACCUUCACCAAUAAUUCAUUGAAUGUUUUCUUCUACGCAUUGCUAAACGAAGACAUAAAGACUGUCUUCUUGACCUGUUGCAAAGGGAGACGAAAUCAGGUUGCACCUUCAACCAGUUCAACAAAUAGGGCAAUCCAACAAUCAACUAGGAAUACCAAUGUGUCUAAGUGUAUUAAUCAGUCAUGA